CGCUUCUUUCAACAGCAGCAACAGAUGGUCAGCCUCCUCGGUAGCUUGCUAGCCAAAAUACUCAACCAAUAAAGCUCUUUAGACGCUUUCGUAUAGCCACUGUGUUUAAAACCCUCUUCUGUCGUCUAGUUAGUUAUCUGAUUUAAUUUCAUAUUUAUGCUGCUGUUGUUUUUAGUCAGCUAGAGGGCUGAUUAAGUUAGCAUUAGCCUAGCUAGCUAAUAUCUCCGACCAUGAGCUCACUAACGUUAAGCUACUCCUCCUGAUAAAGAAGAGGAGGUCUGCUGGACGGAGAAAGAAGUUCCCGUGAAAGAGGAGGAGGAAGAGGAGGUUGUCACAGUAAAACAAGAAGUAGAGGGUGAGGCUGUUACCGUGAAAGAAGAGGAGAAAGACGUUACAGUGAAAGAAGAGGAGAAAGACGUUACAGUGAAAGAAGAGGAAGACGUGUUCAGAGUGAAAGAGGAUGAUGUUACAGUAAAAGAAGAGGAAGAGGAAGAUGCGUUCAGAGUGAAAGAGGAAGGGGGGGAGAUGACUGUCACGUCGAAAAAGGAGGAGGAAGAAGAGGAGGAAACUGGAUAUCUGGGCCCGGUUUCCCAAAGUUAUCUUAAGGCAUCCAAUGGUUCUAACGAUGAACUUAGCCGUGAAAUGGUUUUGAAAAACCGUGCCCUGAUUAAAAGAGAGAGACGGGACUAUCGUGGAUCCUCUGGGGAGCCUCAACAACAUCAUGAAGCUGCUGAGGCAGAGAAGAGUCUCUCCACAUCAGAACAUCUCAAGAAACCGCAGCAGAAAUGCACAGGGAAUAAACCUAACCACUGCUCUGUCUGUGGGAAGAGUUACUCAAGAUCAGAUUCACUAAAAGCACACCAGAGAAUUCACACUGGAGAGAAACCUUAUAGCUGUGAUCAAUGUGGGAAGAGUUUUACUACAUCUAGCCAGCUGACUAUACACCAGAGCAAGCACACAGGAGAGAAAUCUUACAACUGCUCUGACUGUGGAAAGAGUUUUGUUAUAUCAGGAUAUUUAAAAUCACACCAGAGAAUACACACAGGAGAGAAACCUUAUACCUGUGAUCAAUGUGGGAAGAGUUUUAGUCACUCAAGCAGCCUGAUAGUACACCAGAGAACACACACAGGAAAGGAAAUCUUACCACUGUUGUAAAUGUGGCAAGAGUUUUGUUUUGUCGGGACUUUUAUAAAUAACACACAGGAGAGAAGUCUUACCUUAACCACACUGCUAACCCUAAUGCCUAACCUUACCUUAACCACACUGCUAACCCUAAUGCCUAACCUUACCUUAACCACACUGCUAACCCUAAUGCCUAACCUUACCUUAACCACACUGCUAACCCUAAUGCCUAACCUUACCUUAACCACACUGCUAACCCUAAUGCCUAACCUUAACCACACUGCUAACCCUAAUGCCUAACCCUUACCACACUGCUAACCCUAAUGCCUAACCUUAACCACACUGCUAACCCUAAUGCCUAACCUUAACCACACUGCUAACCCUAAUGCCUAACCCUAACCUUAACCACACUGCUAACCCUAAUGCCUAACCUUACCCACACUGCUAACCCUAAUGCCUAACCUUAACCACACUGCUAACCCUAAUGCCUAACCUUACCUACACUGCUAACCCUAAUGACUAACCUUACCUACACUGCUAACCCUAAUGCCUAACCUUAACCACACUGCUAACCCUAAUGCCUAACCCUAACCUUAACCACACUGCUAACCCUAAUGCCUAACCUUAACCACACUGCUAACCCUAAUGCCUAACCUUAACCACACUGCUAACCCUAAUGCCUAACCCUAACCUUAACCACACUGCUAACCCUAAUGCCUAACCUUAACCACACUGCUAACCCUAAUGCCUAACCUUAACCACACUGCUAACCCUAAUGCCUAAACCUAACCAUACUGCUAACCCUAAUGCCUAACCCUUACUUUAAACACAUUUACAUUACAUUUAAGUCAUUUAGCAAACGCUCUUAUCCAGAGCGACUUACAAAUUGGAAAGUUCAUACAUAUUCAUCCUGGUCCCCCCAUGGGAAUUGAACCCUGGUCCCCCCAUGGGAAUUGAACCCACAACCCUGGCAUUGCAGGCGCCAUGCUCUACCAACUGAGCCACACGGGACCACUGCUAAACCUAAUCCCUAACCCUAACCUUAAGCAUACUACUAACCCUAAUGCCUAAUCCUAACCUUAACCACACUGCUAACCCUAAUGCCUAACCCUAACCUUAACCAUACUGCUAACCCUAAUGCCUAACCCUAACCUUAACCAUACUGCUAAACCUAAUGCCUUACCUUAACCAUACUGCUAACCCUUACCUUAACCAUACUGCUAACCCUUACCUUAACCAUACUGCUAACCCUUACCUUAACCAUACUGCUAACCCUAAUGCCUUACCUUAACCAUACUGCUAACCCUAAUGCCUAACCCUUACCUUAACCACACUGCUAAACCUAAUGCCUAACCCUAACCUUAACCAUACUGCUAACCCUAAUGCCUAACCUUAACCAUACUGCUAACCCUAAUGCCUAACCCUAACCUUAACCAUACUGCUAACCCUAAUGCCUAACCCUAACCUUAACCAUACUGCUAACCCUUACCUUAACCAUACUGCUAACCCUAAUGCCUGACCCUAACCUUAAAUAACCCUAACCUUAACCAUACUGCUAACUCUAACCUUACAUUGUUGUUUUUCAUGAAUUGAAUGCCAAGAGUGUGCAAAGCUGUCAUCAAGGCUACUUUGAAGAAAAGAAAAUAUAUUUUGAUUGUUUAAAUUUUUUUGGUUACUACAUGAUUCCAUAUGUGUGAUUUCAUCAUUUUGAUUUUGAUGUCUUCACUAUUACAAUGUAGAAAAUAGUAACAAUAAAGAAAUACCCUUGAA